AUGGUUUUAUAUAAAAGGAAGCCUAUAUUACUUCCUGAUCCAAAGCCUUUACCAUUGGAUUUGAAUGUGCAGGUAUGGCAUAUUGAAGAAACUGGCGAGUGGUUUCCUAGUUACGAAGAAUUUCUGGAAAGGUUUGAUUUUUACACCCGUCACCAUUUCACAUGUGAAAUCACAGGUACCUCGUGCCUGACGUUCUUUCAAGCUCUGGAUAGUGAAGAGACACAAUUUAAAUAUGUUGAAGACAGGUUCCCAUUGAAGUUGAGAGAACCUGUAGCAAGAUUUUUACAUUUUAAUGGAAUAAGAAGAUUAGACGCAUUAGUAGAGAAAGUUUACGCAAGGUUCAAGAAUGAUUUUUUUCCAGGAGAAGUGGUUUAUUUACGUAAACAAAAGGAUGCUUCUACUACAAGUUCCAAUUCCCAGCAAGGUACUCCUCAACCUGAUGACAUGGCUGAAAAGAAUAGCAUCAGCAAUCCUGCCGCACCUCAAUAUCAGUAUCAAAAACGGUAUAUAAUCAAAGAAAAAGUACAAUUCAACGCAACAAUAAAUCCAGAGACCAAAGAAAUUGUGAUGCCUGCCCAUACUAAAUACAUGCUGAUAGAAGAGGCAGCUUCGAGCAACAAAUCCUUUAUAGUCGAUCAAGGACAAAUUUACAGGGAUCGUUCUACUUUCACUAAACAUCUAAUUAAGUGUUUUUUCAAGAUUACUUUACAGAGAGCGUCUUCAAAGAUGGGUGCACCUUGGUGUGUGAAGCCAGAGUAUUUAGCGAUGUAUGGCUUGACCAUGGACUGGCCAAAAGAUAUGUUAAAAUAUAAAGAAGACGAACCUGUCGCAACUAAAUGUACCAAUAGUGCCAAUGUUUCAUCACCAGAGAACGAAAAGAACAAACGUCAAAGUAAAUCAUCGGGUAAAAAUAACUCUUCAAGUGACAUUUGUAGUAAAAAAGAACCCAAAAAGAAGAGAAAGCAAACAGAAACAACCACUAUUGAUAAUAACUUUUCGGAAGAAGAUAAGAAGAAGAACAAUAAUAUGUCGGCAGACAACAACAAUAGAAAGAGAAGGAAGGAGGCAGAUGAGGAAUCCAAGGAGGAAAACCUCGAGACCGCUCCUAUACAGACAAAUCCGGAGACUCCGACUAUAACAAUAACAAGCAUAAUGGAUGACUUAGCGUUGCCAUAUCAACAUCCGCCAAAUAUCUUUCCAAACUUAACAUACUAUAAUGAAAAGUUGGAAUGCGUUUCAUUGGGUUUUAGUGAUAAUUCCAGACCAUUCAAUUUUUUCGGAAAAUUAUUACAAGCUUACCAAUUCUUGAAUACAUUCGGUUCAAGAAUUUACUUAUCCCAUUUUAGCCUUGACCAAUUCAUCACUUCUUUGAAAUGCACGGACCCAUAUGAGUUGAAGGGUGAAGUUGUUUUUGUGAAUAUCAGAACUCAAACAUCUGAAGGACGAAACGAUAAAGAUGAGAGUAUACCACUGAAAAUGGAGAAGGAGGAUAUUAUUAACGGCAAUACUAAAAACUCAAGCAAUUGGCAAAGAAAUUCGCACAUCCGCGAUUUGAUAAUGAAAAGAAAUUCCAGUAAGGUUGAGUACAAGAUUGUAAAUGAUGACCCAGCAACGGAUGAUGUGCUUGAUAAUAUCAAUCACAAUGGCUCUGCCCUUCUCAUUGAAGUUUUUACCGCACUACUACGUUUGUUUAUCGAUGAAUAUGGCGAUUGGAAUUGCAUAGUUGUUGAGGACUGGAUAAUAGAUAACAGAGGAAUAUUAACAGAAAAAGAAAAAGAAAAAGAAGGGCAGAUAGUGCAACAGCAGAAUUCUGACGGGUACUCUGUACAGGAUACGGAAAAGUGUGGUAAUCAAAAAAACACAUUAAAGGGUGACACAACGGAGAAUGAAAGGAUGUACAAUGUUAACGCUGAAAUUAAGUCAGAACAUGAAUCAGAUGCUGGAUCCGAUUCUGACUCCGAAGUAAUAAAUCCCCAAUUAGAAAAAUGUUUGAACUACCGUAAUGUCAGCUGGACAGAACGUUUAACGAAAAGACAGUUCAACAACAGUUACUGGCUCAUAAUUUUACUAGGUGUCUUACAAGAUAGCAGGCAUCUGCCAAUGUAUACACGGUUUAUUGAUUCUUUCAUCGAAAAGAUCUUACCUGAAGAUAUAUCAGCAACACAAUUGCCCAAACAACUUUGGAGAAACUUUUGCCGAAAACUAUCCUUCAAUGACAAAAUCAAUGCAUUAUGGGUACUUAUAGACCUCGUGUCGCAUUUUUCUCCCGAUAUUAAAGCUGCUGUAGACGAUUCCAUGGAACUAUGCGGUCAAAUUCGUAGUGAAAGAUUCAAAGUUGCAAGAGAGUUGAAGACAGAGGCAGUCGUACUAAGUAACCUUCAAAGCGACCUGCAGACAAUUCAAGAAGAGUUAACUAAAACAGUUAAGAACAUUUCAUCGACCGAUGAAUCCAGUAAAAGAUAUGAAUCAAUUGAUACAUCAGUCCUUGAAAAAAAGCAAAAGUUGAUCGAAGAACAGGAUAAAAAAGUGCAGGCUUUACAAUCCGAUAAAAACUUUCUCGAUAAUUGUCUUUUCGAGAACGAUUUGCAAAGACUAAAACCGUUGGGUUUGGAUCGAUAUGGGAACAGGUAUUUUUGGCUAGACCACAAUGGUGUACCAUGUCAUCAAGGCUCUGCUGAUAUAGGUGAAGCACUUAAGGGUAAUAAUGGUUUGAGUUAUCAGUCCGGUCGUUUGUUUAUUCAAGGCCCUAGAGCGUCAUCGGCAAAAUUCUUUUUGAACGUCACUGAUGAACAGUUAGGUGAUUGGCAAAAGAUCAGAAACUGCAAAGGAACAUCUGAGGCAACUAAAGAAAUUUUUGGAAUAUUCAAAACUAAAUCGGGAUCUUAUAAUUACGUAGAAAAUGGAAUAGAGACCGAACUAUUGGAUAGUAAUGGUCGCGUAAACCCACUUAUAGAGUUGACCCCAAUUCAGAAGAAAAUUAUGGAUGAAACCCCUUCAAGACUGCUGCUAUCACCAUAUCAAUGGUAUUGUAUCGAUAGUUUAGAAAAUGUGACGAGAAUAAUGGACUGGUUAGAUAACUGGGGCCGCAAAGAGCACGAUCUCUUGAGACAAAUUAGACCUAUAGUAGAACGAAUCAAGACUUCCCUUUGCUUGCGCGAUCAUGCAUUAUCACUGUCAGAAUUCACUAAGGGUGAAGAAAAACUGCUCAAGGAGUUGGAUAAUAACGAGUUCACCGAAAACGAACUGAAUAUUGAUAAUAUGGACAUUAAUAAUGAUGGAACUAAUAAUAAAAAUAGAGGUGCUAAGAGUGAAUCUGAUGUACUAGCUGAUGCAGAAGAAGAAAAGGAGGCAGAAAUAGAAGAAAAGCUAGAGGCGAUUGCGGACGAACUUAUGAAGCUAGAUGAUAGCUCGAAGACGCGGAAGGUUCUUAUUAAAAUCCAGGAAUUAGAAGAUCAGAGGGACGAACUUUUGGAGCAGAAAAGAUCAAUAAUUAAUUCUCAAAGGCCAGGUGCAAGGAUUCUAGCUCGCUCAGAAAGGAAAAGAACCAAAAUCUCCCGUAGUAAUAAGGUGAACAAACAGGUUGAAAUAUUAACUGACAUGAUUAACUAUAAACAUUUUAAAGCUAUGGAAGAUGUAAUAGGUUGGAAAAAUACCCUGGCUAAUUCAAUAUGGGGUUCUUCGCUUCGCAAAAAUGCAUCUGGCAAUAAAAGAAAUGGCACCAUUGAAACAGUUGAUGAUAAACUAAAAGAUAUAGUUGGUCAAACCUCAAGAACUGUCACGCCAGCUCCAAAUUGA